CGUCCUGCUUUUGUCAUGAAACUAUGGUCAAUGGUUAAUGAUCCGAAAAAUUCAGAUUAUAUUCAAUGGACAAAUGAUGGUAAAGCAUUUAAAGUAUUUGAUAGAGAAAGUUUUAUGAAAAAUAUUUUGCCAAAAUACUUUAAGCAUAACAAUUUUGCUAGUUUUGUUAGACAGCUAAAUAUGUAUGGCUGGCAUAAAGUUCAAGAUAUAGCAAAUGGCAAUCGAAUCUCUACAGUUGAAAAUGAAAUUUGGCAAUUUGAAUCU